AUGGCAGGAAAGGGAAAGCUCACAGAUGCUCCAGUGGAGUUUGUUAAGGAAGGUGUACAAUUCGUUAGAAAGUGCAGAAAGCCAACACAGAAGGAAUAUGCUCAAUUGAUUAGAGCUGUUGGUAUGGGCUUUGUGAUGAUGGGUAUUGUUGGAUACCUAAUUAAGUUGAUUCAUAUUCCAAUUAGAUAUUUGAUUGUUUAA